UUCCGAGCUUGUCUCGGCCACUCUGACAGCUCGGACAGGAUGCGCUGAGCGGCGCACUUUCUACUGUACAGAUCCACGAACAGCCACGCCACCUGCUGUGGGCCCGCUUACGUCUAUCCACAUCUUUUACGCAUCUACCAAUCGCCAUCGCGGUUACUCAUAUGACAAAAUGUGUUUACCUAUAUGAUCACACCUGAGCCUGCAGCUGCCUCUGUGCACCGACGGCCCGCUCGACUCGGAGCUGCCGGGGAAUUCCUCCGCGACCGGACAGCGCGUCCCACCCUGCGGGACCCUCAACGCUUUGACCUUUGACAGACAGCGAAUGACAAAUCAAAGGUCCGCGUCCGUGCGCGGAGCCGGGGUUCAAAGCGCAUCACCACCACGGCACGAGACGGCGCUCCCGGGAGAAUGAAAGGAAGCGCGCUGGAAGUUGGUCGAUAGCGGCGGAGACAGCUUCAGCGUCGGCAGAGGCGGCGGCGGCGGCGCGCUCGGAGGCUCCGUAGCGGCCACCCUCGGAUCAAAGGCGGGCCCGCUGAGGGAGGAGGACUGCAGCACCAUGGACAGCGCAGACAUGGACGCCGGCUAUGGUGGAGGGCUGCUGGACAUGGUGAAGGGAGGAGCCGGGAAGUUCUUCAGCAACUUCAAGGACAACCUGAAGGACACCCUGAAGGACACCUCCACCAAGGUCAUGCAUCAGGUCGCCACGUACACUAAAGGGGAGCUGGACAUUGCUUACAUCACGUCCCGGAUCAUCGUGAUGACCUACCCGGCUGAGUCGGUUCAGAUCGGCUACCAGAACCACGUGGAGGACAUCCGCUCCUUCCUCGACAGCCGCCACGCCGACCACUACACCGUCUUCAACCUGUCUCAGCGCAACUACCGCGGAGCCAAGUUCUCCAACAGGGUUUCCGAGUGCAACUGGCCGUCUCGCCAGGCUCCCAGCCUCCACAACCUCUUUGCUGUGUGCAAGAACAUGCACAACUGGCUCAAGCAGAAUCCCAAGAACGUGUGUGUCAUAACCUGCUCGGACGGCCGUGCUCCUUCCGGUGUUCUGGUCUGUGCCAUGUUCUGCUUCUGCCACCUCUUCAACAACCCAGUUCCCGCCAUGCAGCUCCUCAGCGCCAAGAGACCGGGUUCGGGCCUCUGGCCCUCGCACCGCAGGUACAUAGGUUAUGUGUGCAGCAUGGUGUCAGAGAAACCCAGCCUGCCCCACUCCAAGCCCCUGCUCAUCAAGUCCCUCACCAUGAGCCCCGUCCCCUGCUUCAACAAGCAGCGCAGCGGCUGCCGGCCGUUCUGCGACGUCCUCAUCGGCGAGACCAAGAUCUUCACCACGGCCCAGGAGUACGAGAGGAUGAGAGAGCACAGGCUGCAGGAGGGGAAGGUGGCGUUCCAGCUGGGUGCCAGCGUGCAAGGAGACGUUGUGGUGUCUGUCUACCACAUGAGAUCCACCAUCGGGGGGCGUCUGCAGGCCAAGGUGUCCAACACCCAAAUGUUCCAGAUCCAAUUCCACACGGGCUUCAUUGCUCCUGGAACGACCAUACUAAAGUUUAACAAACCGGAGCUGGACGCGUGCGACUCUCCGGAGAAGUACCCCCAGCUGUUUCACGUGAUGGUGGAUGUGGAGGUGGAGGGCACGGACAAACAGAAGGACCUGACGCCGCCGUGGGAGCAGUUCCCCUGCAAAGACCUCAGCCCCAACGUGCUGUUCUCCUGCCACCAGGAGCAUCAGGACGCUCUGGCUAUUGCUGAGCCGAGCCGCUCUCACGCAGGAGCAGACAAUAAAGGCCACGGUGAGGAGAGCGAGGCCUCCGACGACGAGAUGCUGUCUCUGUCGGGCCAGUCGAGCGGCACCAACGCGGCGCCCCCGAAGCCUCCGCCGCCCGCGGCGAGGCCCGCGGCGCCCGCCGAGGAGGUGGACCUGCUGGGUCUGGGCGGGGACGACACCGCCCGGCGCUGCCCAUCGUCGCAGGCCUCCUCUGCGGCGGCGGCGGCCACUGAUCUCUUAGGCGACCUGUUCGGGGCGCCGCCUCAGCCAGCCAGCGGGUCUUCAUCCGCCCAGUCCACGCCCCACAAAGCCGCCCCCAGCAACGCCUCGCCGUGCCCCUCCCCCGCACCACCAGCAUUUGAUCCUUUUGGAGCGGGUCCGAUGCCUACAACCCAGGACAUUAUGGGCUCCUUCCUCGGACCAGGUCGGAGCUCCCCCAUCCCACCCUCCACCCCAACAGUCAACAUUCAGCAGCAAAAUGCGAUGGGAGGAUGGGACUGGAACAGACCCGCGACCACAAACACAGCCGGAGGCUUCGGCGUGGGCAGUAGGUCGGCCACCACGAGCCCCACGGGCUCCGUCCACAGCACUCCCACCCACCAAACCAAGCCCAACACGCUGGACCCGUUCGCGGACAUCGGGAACCUGGGCGGGAGCUUCGGCGGCUCCGGCUUCUCCAGCAAACCCACCACCCCGACCGGCGCCCCCCCCUCCUUCCCCGCCAUGGGGUCUCCGUCACGGCCGCCCCCGUCCCCGCAGCACGCCGGCGCCUGGCAGCCGCCGCACGCGGGCGCCGCCUUCCCGGCGUGGCAGGCGGGCGGCGGGGGCGGCGGGGGGUGGCAGGCCCAGGGACAGGCCCCGGCGCCGCAGCCCAAGCCCAGUCCCAGCCACGGCGCCAUGCCGCACACGUCGCCCCAGAACCGGCCCAACUACAACGUCAGCUUCUCCGCCAUGGGCGGCGGCUCGCCGGGCGGCGGCGGGAAGGCGCAGGCCAGCGCGGGUUCCAAACCCAGAGCCUCCGACGCCAACUUCGAUGACCUGCUGUCGGGUCAGGGCUUUGCCGGGACCAAAGAGAGGAAGGGGCCCAGGACGAUCGCCGAGAUGAGGAAGGAGGAAAUGGCCAAAGAGAUGGACCCUGAGAAACUAAAGAUUCUGGACUGGAUCGAGGGCAAGGAGCGCAACAUCCGCGCCCUGCUCUCCACCAUGCACACCGUGCUGUGGGAGGGGGAGACGCGCUGGAGGCCCGUGGGCAUGGCCGACCUGGUGACCCCGGAGCAGGUGAAGAAGGUGUACCGCAGGGCGGUCCUGGUGGUGCACCCGGACAAGGCCACCGGACAACCGUACGAACAAUACGCCAAGAUGAUCUUCAUGGAACUAAACGAUGCCUGGUCAGAAUUCGAAAGCCAAGGACCAAAGCCCCUGUACUGAGAAGUGAAGCGAGUGGACGCGAAUGAAGACAGGACCUGCUGAUUUUGUCAUCAAACCUGGGCUGGACACCUCCGACCUUCAACAUCUGUUCGUCUCCUCACGCCACACGCACACAACUAACCGCGGCCGAACCAAUGAUUCCUGACAUCUACCUACUGUGUCUGGUGCAACAUGGCGGCUCCUUCUUCAGUGUGCGUGGCCCCGAUUUAUCCCACCGUUCAAAGCAGAGUGGCCGGGAUGAGUACUGGAUGCACAGGACGGAGGACACGCAGUAAUACGUGAGGAAACCAUGAGGAGAGAUGAGCCUGCGACUAGAGGCUCAGCGGCAAAAUCACCUGCACAACAAGCAUUUAACAGCAGCCACGCCCCUUUUGCCCAAAGACCUUGGUCUUUACUUUAGUUUGUGUAGUGCAUUGUUUUCUCCUACAUUAAAAAAAAGUUAGCAAAAAGAGGAACUAGAAGUUUGUCAGAAAACAGAGUGAAAGUGACACAGAUUUCAGUUGGAGUGUGACUCAGCAGUUGCAGGAUUUGGAAAGAGCAUAAAAGCUGUGUUUGCAGGUUAGCAUUUAAUUACAUUACUGACGUCUACAUUCCUGACAUCCAAACGUCAGCCGUUUUACGCUCAGCACAUGCACAUGAAGCACCUCGAGGCCUCACGCGUUCAUACAGCACAAACCGACAACUCGACGCCGAGCGGCUGCAAACGGAGGCCGCUAUUAUUCAUUGGUUCAUUCAUUUUACAUGUUUCGCGUCACGUGGAGCGAGUGUGAAGGAGACGUGUAAGGUUUGUGUGUGGAGCCUUUUAUAUUCUGCAAUAUUUUUAUACUGGGCGGCGGCUACAUGCUAAUUGAUCCUACAGUCAUGUGAGUGGCUGCUGUGCAUGUCUGUGCGACACCGCUACACAACUCAAACCGCUGACACCACUCGCGUCAUCCCACACUCACCCGAUGCCAUUUUCCAGUUCCUUGUAUUACUUGAUUUCAUUUUGUUUACAUUUGUGAGACAUUUCAUUAACACUUUUAUUUAUCGUAUCAGAGAAGUGAUAUCAGAGCGUUCGCGUGUCGUAUCUGUUGCAUGUAGUAAAAACCAUAAACAAACUCAGUCUGUGUAACUUCAUCAUUAUAUGGACUAUGAACUUCAAUCUCAGCCACCAACAAAAGCAAUUCUCAUAAAACGUCACGUUUCAGCUUCGUGUUACAAGUGGAGCUCUACUGUGUCAUGUAGGUGCUGAACCAAACCAAUAAGAACGUGUGUGAAAUGCUUCAUGUGUUUAACUGUUGAUUUAAGCUUCUGUAUUUGACGCCGUUCCUCUGUCUUUAGAGGCAGCUCUUCCAUUUUCACUGUACGUUCCGUUUGCUCAUCUGCUCAGGAGUUUGAAUGAACGCCGGCCACUGGAAAGAGAAAACUGGUCUUCUCCUUUUUUUGUGAACCUGGAUGAGUCAAAGCAGACAGCAGAAAAAUGUCUCCACUCACAGAGGUCUCCUUCUGAACAGACUCGCCUCUGAUCCGGGGGCCACUGCUUUCUUUGGUGGUGAUUUUCCAGCCACUGGAGGUGCGUGGCACAGACUGCUCCUCUGUGCUAUAUAUUCACUAAGGACCUACAGUAUGUGUGGACUGACCCAGUUCGCUCCUUCGCUGACUGAAUCCUCUAAUUGCGAUCUCUCAGCUAUGUUAGAAACGCUCACUUCUCUAUUGUAGUCAGUGGAUGUGUGUUGUUUGCAGUUGUGGUACGUAUGGGAUCAGGUCUGGAUACAGAGUACUGGAUGUUACUGUGUUUGCCUGUCUGCUGUUCAAGUAUUACUAAACCGUGUAAAAAGUCUUCAUGUGUUUCCUUUGCAGUCCUGGCUUCCAUUACAGGAUGUAUACAAUAUAAUCAGUGCAGUGCACAGCAAUGACUAGUGAGCAGGAAACAUUAAAGUGGGGCAGAACUGA